UAGACCCAUUUACCGACAACUCCGGAGCUCGUCUGGUCUAUGUCCCAUAAUCUUUGGGCAACCGAAGAUUCAUAAACCAGACACUCCACUCAGACCUAUUGUGUCUACUAGAGGAUCUCCCACGUACGCACUGGCUCAGCAUUUGACUUACAUCUUACAGCCUCUUGUUGGUCAGGGCGUGCAUCACGUGAGAAACUCUAAACAUUUCGUUGAGCAGAUCUGUCAGAUGAACGUCUCUAACAAUGACCUCCUCAUCAGCUUUGAUGUUGAGUCAUUGUUCACAAGUGUACCAGUUAAGGAUGCUUGCGCCAUCAUCCUUGAGAGAUUGAAAUUUGACAGAACUCUCCCUGACAGGACACAGUUGUCUCCUCUAGAGAUCCAUGACCUGCUUGAGAUGUGCCUCAAUUCCACCUCUUUCAGAUGGAGAGACACAUUCUACAGGCAAACGGAAGGGGCUGCCAUGGGGUCUCCCCUGUCCCCAGUGGUAGCCAACAUGUUCAUGGAACAUUUCGAGGAGACGGCUCUCCAGUCAGCAACCCACAAACCCAAAGUGUGGCUUAGAUAUGUGGACGACACUUUUGUGGUUUGGCAACACGGUGCUGAGGAAACUAGCAAUUUCUUACAGCACCUCAACUCUCAACACGAGUGUAUCAAGUUCACCAUGGAAAUGGAGAAUGAGGGGUCUAUCCCCUUUCUUGAUACAAAGAUUACGAGGACGGCACAGGGAUCCCUAUCCCAUCAGGUUUAUCGGAAACCUACUCACACUGAUCGGUACUUGAACUAUCGUUCAUUCCACCACCCAUCAGUGCUGAGAUCCAUCAACAAGACGUUAGUCAAACGAGCGCAUGAGGUUAGUGACCAGAUCCACCUGAGAGGUGAGCUUGAGCAUAUCAAACGUGUUUUGAAAUGUAACAACUACCCCUCACAUAAGAUCUGCACUGAGCUUCCCCCCUCGCGAAACCCUCGUGCAGGACAACCCAAGGCGAGAGUCGUUCUUCCAUAUCUGGGAGCAGCCUCUCACAAAAUUCAGAGGAUUUUGAGAGAAGCCGACAUUGAGGUUCGUCAUAGUUCCUCAAAUAAGCUUCAAUCUGCCCUCACUACACAUAAGGACAAGCGCAACUCCAAGGACCUCCCUGGAGUUUACCGAAUUCCUUGUGAAUGCGGUAAAGUUUACAUCGGAGAGACGGGUCGUUCCUUCAACACUCGGAUUAAGGAACACAAGGCCCAUGGUAGGAGAGACGAGAGGGAAAAAUCUGCAAUCAUCGAUCAUGCCCAUACGCAUGAUCACCGGAUUCUUUGGGAUGAGAGUAGACUAGUCACCCGUGUCCCCUACUGGUAUCAACGGAGAGUCAGAGAAGCGUUGGAGAUUGAGGAACAUAACACUGUUCCUCAAGACAGCGGCCUCCAACUCAGCAAUAUCUGGCUUACCGUUCUAGACAAAGAGGCUAAUUUGCCUAAUUAGCCUACCCGGACGUUCCACACACGUGUGAGCACUGCAGUGUAUGGGCGGAAGUGGUGACUUUUGUCAUUCAUGCUAAUCCUAGCG